AUGGCCGCCAAAUCAACAAUCCUCUUUAUCUUCGCUUUGGUCUACUUGUUAUGCUACGUCGGCGCAUUGUCUGUAGGAGAACGCAAGUCUUCUGCCAUUGAGGCUAGACAUGUGCGAAGGUUUAAUCCACAGCCAGACCCACCUUUUACUUCGAGGCAUGUGCGAAGGUUUAACCCACAGCCAGACCCACCUCUUACUUCGAGACAUGUGCGAAGGUUUAAUCCACAGCCAGACCCACCUUUUACUUCGAGGCAUGUGCGAAG